UUGUGUUUUUCCAUUUCCAUGUGUUUAGCACAUGUUGUCGAAUGUAAAAUCAAUUUUGCGUUUAAAUAAUUUUUAUUCAUUGAUUAAGAAGAUAUUACCCAAAAUGACUGAAUCAGUGAUAAGUGUUGAAAGAAAUAAAGAACUUGAAAGUGUUGAUAAUCUUAUAUACAUUGAUAAAACUCCUUUCACUGCGGUAACUGAAGGAAAGGCUGAAGUUCUCUUCCCAAGUUCCCAUGAUGUUUUCUACAAUCCUGUUCAAGAAUUCAAUCGUGAUUUAAGUAUUGCUGUUUUGAAACAAUUUGCUAGAGAUCCGCCCAAAACAAAGUCUAAAGCCAAGCUAGCGAAUUCUUCAGAGAAUUCCGAUACACCCGGAAUUUCUGUUUUAGAAGCAUUAUCAGCCUCAGGAUUAAGGGCAAUACGCUUUGCUAAGGAAGUGCCAAACCUCAGUAAAGUUAUAGCUAAUGAUCGUGAUACACAAGCAUAUUUAAGUAUACAGAGAAAUGUGAAACAUAAUAAAGUGGAAAAUAUUGUCCAAGCCACUAAUGAAGAUGCUUCUUUAAUAAUGUAUAAGAAUCGAAGCUAUAAAGACAGAUUUGAUGCAAUAGAUCUUGAUCCUUAUGGUACAGCUGCUCCCUUUUUAGAUGCUGCAGUGCAAAGUGUCAAAGAUGGUGGGCUUUUAAUGAUUACAUGUACAGAUAUGGCCAUUUUAUGUGGCAAUGGCGUCGAAGCAUGUCAUGCCAAAUAUGGAGCAGUUUCAGCAAAAAUUGGAAGUUGCCAUGAAAUGGCUUUAAGGAUUCUUUUGCAGUCAAUUGAAUCACAUGCAAAUAGAUAUGGAAGGUACAUAGUUCCACUUCUGUCUUUAAGCGUGGACUUUUAUGUUCGGGUUUUUGUGCAAGUAUUUACAAGUCCAGCUACUGUUAAAGAAAGCAUUUGUAAAUUGUCAAUGGUUUUUGUUUGUUCUGGAUGUGGAUCGUUUUAUUUGCAACCUGUAGGCACUAAAACCAUAACUCCCCAUGGGCAAAAAUAUACUCCUAGUGUUGGACCCCCGAUAGACAGGAAAUGCAGUAUAUGUGGGCAUUCUUCCUUUAAAAUGUGUGGUCCUAUUUGGUCUCAUAAAUUACAUGAUAAAGUUUUCAUUCAGAAAACAGUACAGCAUAUAGAAGAAGAAAGUAGUCUUUAUAAUACUUCAAAAAGAAUGGUAGGGAUGCUUAAUGUAGUCCUAGAGGAAUUGGAAGACUUUCCAUUAUUUCACCGUAUUGAACAGUUAUCUAGCAUUCUUCAUGUUAAAGCUCCCUCUAGUAAUGAAAUUAGGUCUGCAGUUUUGAAUGCUGGUUAUCAAGUUUCUUUAUCCCAUACUUCACCAACUUCAUUAAAAACCGAUUCCCCACCAGAAGUUAUAUGGGACAUCAUGAGAGCUUGGGCAAAUAUGUAUCCUGGGAAAAAAACAUUUGAACUUGAACCUUCAAAAACCAUUAUGUCCAAAGAAUCCAGCAUAGAAGUUUCAUUUAAACUUCAUCCAGAUGCUGAACCCAAAUCUCGAUGUAACAAUCUUUUAAGGUUUCAAAUAAACCCAGCUCCAAAUUGGGGUCCUAAAUGUAGAGCUACCACCAGUGUGAAUAAUGAUAAGCUGGAAAAGACCCGAUCCAAGCAGAAAUCUAAACGCAAAGAGAAAGCUGAAGAAAAUCACAAAGAAAAUGUAAAAAGAAUGAAGGGUGAAGAAAACAAUGAAAUAUCCUCAGAAAAUUGUAAAUAAUCGCUUGUAAAUAAAUAGCUUAUUUUUUUA